AUGAAAUCCAUCCGUGCCGAUAGGCAGGCCGCCAAGUGUAAUCCCGCCAGUGACGACCUCGAAGUGAAGAAGUUGAGUCUUGAGACGGCGCUUAAGGCUCUUCUUCAGCUGCGAGAGAUCAGGAUCAGCCACCACUGGCAUGUACUUCUUCAUAGCGGACGUAGCUGCAACGGCAUCCUCGAGUGGACCGACAAGCACGACGUUGUCAGCAUAGGCCAAGACUCGAACAGAGGGAAAAAGCUCUGCGAUAUGGAGGAGCAGGGGGUGGAUACUGUGGCAGAAAAACACGCUGGAGGGGACAUCGCCCUGACAGACGCCCGAGAGUCGAAGGUCAGCAGAGUCUCCAUAGUAGCUGGAGAGGUAGGAGGCGAACAAACGGAGAUGCUCGCAAGAGGGCAAGCUUGCGCCUUCAGUGAUGCUCCCAUCAAAGUAGUCGCGACUCGCACGUCCCUCGAUUGCAUCGAAGAGAGCCUGGCGGCUAGUGGUGUCGAGGAUGUCAGUCAAAUCCACCUGCAGUACUGCAAGCGCUUGCUGGGUGAGAUGAGCCGCGGAAGCACUUCCAAAGGCAGGCGACGCACCAUCAGGGAACUUCUCUUGUGCUUCAGCAAGAAGAUCAGCGAAUACCCCCUCAAGGCCUUCCCGCACCGCUAUGCUCAGAUGCUCGACUGCUAUCUCCACACACAAAACACAAGGCCGAGAAGAACCAGCACUGCUGGCACCCAGACGCGGCAGCGCCAGCCCAAGCGCGAAGCCGCGCAGACAAGCAGGCGCGGGAGACGCGCAUGA